UACCUCCGCUGGCGUUGUAAAUGCCACACGCAUUACGCUCACUAUUCCAUCGUGAGAACAGCUAUGAAUGGCCCCUUCACAUUCCCGCCAAGUGAUUUCUAAAUAAACAAUAAGAUCCGAAAUUAUCUUGGCAUAAGUCAAUGUCGUGAAAAAAUUUAUGAGGGAUUUUGUUUAAUGAGUUGGUGAAUAGAACCACCUGUAAGACUUUGUUAAGGAAUUAUUAAAUCGUUCAACAUGAGAGAGGAAUCUGAUACAGGGGCCUUGAAUGAAAGGAUAUUGGAAUUCAAGAGUGAUCCGGAUAAACUCCGUCAGGCCUCUGAGUUCGUUGACGAACUGAUACAGCAAGCGAAAAAAGAGGCAGAGCUAAAACAGAAAGAUAAAGAGAAAAGCAAAUUUGAAUCUCAAGACUCUGGCGUUGGUAAUUUAAAGAGAAGGCUGGGAAGGGCUCGUGGCUUCGUGCUACGUGUUUUCGACGCUCUCUGCAACUGCACGCAAACCGCCGCCGCUGCCGCUCGCACAACCGCACGCAAUAAUCCGUUCGCAAAACGCUAGAACAUCAAAACAUUUAAAACAGACGAUCCGAUGACAUAAUCAAUACUUCGUUCAUUUGAAGCUAAGAAAGUAUUAAUUAACUAUAUGUUAAUUAAUGUAUUUGGUAUCACCGCUAAACUUACGGAAUUGAAUAACAAAAUUGAAUUAUCAGAUAUCUGCGGAUAUAUAUUAAGAAUUAUUUUAUUAAUGGGACUAAGCGAUCGUUAAUUCUAAAUGCUGUAUAGCGAACCUGUUAUCACAGCAAUUUCGCAAUACCGAACAUGAUUUUAGCAUUAAAGCAAUUGCUUCUACCGACGACUUGGUCUCGUUGUGGGUAUUUAUUGAAAUAUAUAUACAUAUAAUGCUAUAUAUACGUAGGUCCGUGUUGAGAGCUAAAGUUUGCCAUCAAACGAUCAAAAAAUUAAAACGAUUAAUCUAAAUGUUUCUUUGUAGUUAUUAAUAAUAAAUUAGGUGUUCAUUUAAAAUGCAAUUGUUAAAUAUGCAAUUUAAGAUCUUCGUGUUGUAUGAAUGUUUCAAAGAAAAAUAAUUAAAUAACCUGUAUAAUGUAGAAGUUUUCAUGUCAACCCAACAAUGUAGCGAAAUUUUCUCAUUUCCGUGCUUCACAGAGCAUAUAACUUGCUCUACAGAGCGUUAUUAAAUCUUUGCUGUGGCUUGAACCCUUACCUUACCCUUACUCAUUGUUGGAGAACCCUUAUCAAAUACGAAGUAGAUGAAUUUCUUACCUUGCAUGUCUUCCCCAAGUCGCCCUCGAUGUUAAGUACGUUAUUGUGAUCAGUGUGAAGACGCUUAGAGUUAUAAAUGUUAUACAUUUUGCAAUAUCAACAUGUAUUAUAGGUGUAAGGUAUGCAUAUGAGAUCUGAUAUUUCACUUGCCCGUUUUUUCACCGCCUAUGGAAUUCUUCGUCAUUCUAAUUCGUCCAUUGGAAUGUAAAUUCCGUUACUUGGAUGCAUUCUUUAAUUUUAGACCGCUAUUUUCAGAGGACCGUACAAAUAAGCGAAUGGAAAAUUAAUUUCUUAUAUCACUAGUAUUUAUACACGUAAUAUAAAAUUUUGGACUGCAAAAUUUUUCUAUACCAAAGUCUAACAUGUACAAACAUUGAUUUACUAUACAAUUGAUUUGUAACAAAAUUUUUCUGACACCGUGUUUCUUAAAAUGUGAAAUUUACAAUGUUUUAUUAUUCUUAUUUUUUAAUAUAAAAUAAAUUAUUGAUAAUAAUAUUAUAUCAUAUAAACAUAUGAUUAGUAGAAUUGUAGCGAUAUUCUAAACAAUAUAAUAAGGUAUCUAUUUAAACGCCGCUUAUAAGUGCACAAAACGAAUGUAUUUCUUAUGUUUAAAAUAUAAUAUUCAUACGUGAAACAUUUAAGAAUUUUGCGUAAUUUCGGUGUAUAUACCUAAUGUAUUAGAUUCUAAAUGUGUAGACCUUCCAUUUCGAGACUUAUAACCUUAAAAAUUAAGACGGAGCUUUUAAAUAACGUGUCUUAAACUGAGAAAGAUGUACAUUUAAAAACAUAUUUUUCAAUGUAAUAAAAUGAAAUAAAAUUGUGUACCUACGUGUAAUUAUAAUUCUAUUCACAUAUUUUCCGUAUAGUUCUAUAUUAAUGAAUUUUAUUAAAUGUGCAUGCAUAUAUUAGAAAACUGCGAUAAUAUUCAAAAUAAUAAUUUUGUGUUUACUGUUUAAAUUUUUUUUUUAUUAAAACUCUUUGAGACAAAAUUCGAAUUAUUUUUUAAAUAAAAAAAAACUAUGUUAUUCUUUUCAUACUUUUUGAACUAAAUGCGAAUAAUGUGUGAACGGAUCGGACGUAUUUAUUAAAUUAUUUAUUUAUUAUCGUAAGUUAAUUAUAUUAUAAUGUUCAAUGUGAUAUCCUGCCUACCACUUCCUAUGUGAUCCGACUUGCAACUCCUCUAUGUAUAUUAAAAGGAUUUUGUGUAUA